AUGCCAAGUGACCAAAUGGAUAUUCACACCCCCAGGGACAGCUCACAGGGCAUGUCCAAAAUGGAUAACAAGAAAGCAAAAAUUAAGAAAAAGCUACAUGGGAAGAAAGUGAUAUCCAAAGUGGUGUCCAAAAGGGGCUCUACACAAAAUAACGAAGCGAAAACACCAAAAGGGACCCUUUUGAAGAGCGCCAUUAAAGAGAAGUCAAACAUUAAGACAGUUAUUCAUUCUGGUAAUAAAUCUUUCAAAAGGAAAAUAAAAAAGUUAAUAAAAAAAUAUGAACAUGUUCAUACGGUAAGUGAUAAUAAUGAUGAGCAUGUGAAGGCCCUUCUGCAUAUACACCAUAAUAGCCACCAUGGUGACACAGAUGAAGAGAGGAAUUCCAUCAGCCUAAACAAUUUUAACGACACGAAUUAUAUGUGUGAAAAGCUGAUGGAAGGAGAGCAUAAUGGGGUGAACUCAACUCCCAACGAUGAAAAAAAAACAGAAGAUCAAUUUCGAAGAAUUGGAGAAAAUUUUAUUAAUUCUUCUGGGUCCAACUAUAACUGUAGAAUCGAUACAUGUCCUAGCCGGAUUAGCAUCGAGAGCCUGAACGGUUCUUUGCCAACCGAUGAGGGGCCCAACGACGUGGUCAGUGAGAGAGAUUAUAAAGCGGGUGGUGACGCAGAGGAUGUGUUUUCGCAAGCUGCGAGUGAAAAAUGCGAAGAUUCACCAAGUGAGAAUCUUCCCUUGGCCUAUGUACGCAAGGUCGAUAAAGUUAACAUCGCGAUCGAAGAAAAACACUCCCCUAAGGUUAAGCACAUAAUUGUACACCCCGACAUUAAACAUAGCUUGUCCUGUACAUCUGAUGAUUGGAACCGUUCGGGUGUACUGGAAUAUAAAACAAGAACGCCGAUAAACAAUAUUGACAACACAAGUGAUGAAAUUCAGGGGUGUAGAACGGAGUCAUAUGUUCAGGAUAUUUCUCAGGAUGGUCGUAGUGAUGAUAGGACAGAAGGGGGAUAUCCAGAAGGAAACGUAAUACGCGGCGAUGAAGAGGAAACAGGCGGAGAUGAGGAAGGAAUAAACAAGGGUAACCUAAAUGAAUUGCUUAUGGAGAAACGAAACGAAGUAGAACCCCACGAGGAUAAAAACGUCUGGGAAGGCAUUGCUCAUGUGGACGAACUAGAGGAGGGGGAAAUAGGAACAACGAGUUGUGAUUAUCAUGCAGAGGGGGACAAGGGCAAAAUAGGAAACUCUCCAAUGGAGGAAAAAUUCAAUGUCGUUCCUUCCGAAGCGGGAGGAGAUAGGCACUCGUCACGUGGCAAUGUUUCGGAAGAACAAGUGAGUAAUGAGGUAAGUGUGUCAGGCGAUAUGCAGCAGGAUGGAGGAGUUCAAAAUGGCCACGAGGGAAAUUACCAGGGUGAAAUUUUCCAAGGAGAAGAGACCCAAUGUGAAGACUACCAAGGAGAACACGGCCAACUGGAAAGUAACCCAUUGGAAUGUCGAAAAAACGAGCCAGAUGCAUCUGCAUUCACCCCUCAGGAAGAGAAAUUCGACUUGCGAAAAAUUCUAAGCUUCAAUAUGGACACGUCCAAUGGGGAACAAGGAGAAAUGGAAAAACUAAAUCUCCUAAUUAAAUUCCGUGAUAGUGCCGAAAAGUAUCUGCAAACUUAUAUAAACUCGUUCCUAAACGAUUUCUUCCUCAUGUCAUCCUAUCUACCCUACCUACACUACUACGACAAGAAUGCAUACGAUAAAAAGGAAAUGAACUUUUUAAAUAUUGUCACUCAUUUUAUGGAUCAUUUCCACUGCAAUAAAAAAAUUAGCAAACAAAUACGAGAUUUUAAAAAUGAUUUUGUGAAUUCUUCACUAAAUGAAAAAAUAAAAUAUGUCGAUAAAUUCCCAUUUUUAAAAGUGUCUGAAAUAUGCACAGAUACAGUGAAGUCCCAAUUUCUGAAGGUGCUAAAAGAAUAUUACAAGAAGAAAAAGAAGAAGAAAAAAAAUAUUUAUUAUCAAUUAUUUUUAUGCCAAAAAUUUGUUAAUCAAAUAUUUAAGUUAAAGGAAAAAUGUGUCGAAAAUAAUUUUCUCCAAAUUGGGUUGAACGAAUUUGGUUCACCGGUAGCACAGCAACAGCAGGAGGAUGAUGAUGGCGAGGUGGGAAGGAGACUAGACCCUAAGUCCUCGCUUGAAAGACCAUUCCUAAAGGAAUCUAUAAAAGAGGAAGGAUUUCUUUUCCCCAUUUUUAAGGAGAGGAGUUCAAAAGGACGGGUGCAAGAGAGUUACCACGGAAUGGGUGAAAAAUGGAACAAGGAUAUUUUGUGCGAACAAAUUCUAUCUGCUCCCUUUGUAAAAAAAGGGAAUAUUUUUAAUAAUAACUUUACCACGACAAUUAAAACGAUGUCCCAUUCGUUCGAUGAUCGUGAAAAGAAGUUUUAUCAAUUAUGUGAUCCGAAAAAAAUGGAACAUGCUACUUGGUCCUACCCUCCACAGGACAAGAAUUUCAUUCGGAAGCAUCUGAACGCUGUGGUCAGAAGCAAAUUGUUCAAUGUUCUUCAUUUGACUAAUGCAAAAUAUAGGGAGAAAAUUCACAUAAAGAAUCAGGACCGGCACAUUAUCAAUAAUAUUUCUUUUUAUAAAAACAGAAUAAACAGGUUGUAUGCCUAUCUCAUGGUUUGCACGCUUAUGGGACAUUCUCCAAAUUUUACUCGGUCGAAUAUAUCGUGGAACGGGGAUUCCGAUGUGAAAGAAGAUCCCAGAGAAUACCUCCAAGCGGAAGUAACCCCCCAAAAUGGCAGUACCUUCUGCAACAACUCCAAUGAAGUACACACAAAAAAUGUGCCCAACGAAAAGGAUAAUAGUGGAUCCAAAAACAGAUACAUCAGUUUUUCCAAUUUAAUCAAAAUUUCCAACGAAUUUGUAAAAAAUAAUGGGAGUUCUAACAAGGAUGGUGAUCAGAAAAAUAAAAUUCCCCGUAAUUCUAAUCGAGAGAAUCUAUCAAAAGAUAUGGACAUGCUUACAAAAUUUUUUUUGCAAGACGGGGCAUAUAAUAGUGCACCGCGUGAUGUCGGAAAUAAUGGAAAGAGAUCAUACAUCUCCACACUGUCUAAUAAGGGGAAGAAAAUGAGUAGUUAUUCAAUCGAGUUUGAGGUGAAAAAUUCGGAACUCCACAAUGGGAAGGGUGCAUUGGAGGGAUUAGCUGAUGGGGCCAUGUGCAUUCCACACGUAACGAGCAAAUUGGACGAAGCGGAGAAUGAGGCACUCAAUAAAUGGGAAGAGGUGAGCCGGGGAGGUGAUCUGCCAUAUGGACCCCGUGAAGGGAAGGGAAAAAGGCUCACCUCAGGUUUAAGCGCAGAUGACCAAGUGAAUCGCAUGGCAGAGAACAAGGCGGAACAAAGAUCAGGUGAACAGCCCGAUGACCGACCAUGUGAACGACCAUGUGAACGACCAUGUGAACGAUCAGAUGAACGAUCAGAUGAACGAUCAGAUGAACGACAUGAUCUCCAUCUCCUUGUGAGGAAGAAAAAAACGGAUGAUAGCAAAUUUCAGUUGUCACCCGACUUACAAUACCUAUACGAUGCGUACAACAACGGAGAACAAAUUGUCGUGGUUCAUAAUAAAAACAAAUUGUUGCAUAAUUUGAACAAUUCCACAAAAUUUACUCGUCUGUCAAAACGAUCACUGUUCCAUGCUAAUGACAAUGGGCAGAAUGGAGUCGGUCCUUCCAAGGCAUCUCCAUCCACUGUGUACAAGAGCCAAAUGGGCUACCUAAAGAACGCAAAUGGGGUGCACUUCUCCCAUUUGAAUUAUUCUGAUAUGCCAAAUUCGUACUAUGGACAAACUACUUAUGAUAGUAACAUGGCAUUUGUGCAAAACCUCUUCUUUCGCCAGAGGUACGGAGAAGGCACCGAUAGGGGAUACAGUAAAGGGCCAUUCGGUGCAACCAAUGGGAAUGAUAUCGUUAGCAGUAAUCAUAACGUGCUGAUGAAUAAUACCCUCGAGCAUUUGAGUGAUUUGAACAAACUACAAAAUGGAAUAAACUGUGUAGAUAGUAACAACACCCUGGUGAACAAGUACAAUGAGGAAUUUAGAAAAUGUAGAAAUUUGACAAACGCUUCGAUAACCCCUCAAUAUGUAUCUGGUGCUCAAAACUACAUUAGUGGAGUAAAUUCCAGUGUACAGAAUUGCUCAAAAGUGAAUUUAAAAAGUAUAGGUUAUUGUGGGAACAGGAAUGAUGCCAGUGGUAGUAGCUCCUUCUUCUCUCCUACCCCCGUAAGACAGCGACCAUUCAGUAACCACCUAACUCAGUCGACCAAUUACGUGAACCAGUUUGAUUAUUCUUACCAGAGCAUGUACAACCAAUUUGGGAAUGCGAACCCAUUUUUAUAUGAACAAAUGGAAAAGGAAAGGAGCAUCCUAAUUAACCAAAAUGGAUACCCCCACUUUGCAUUGACGAAUAAUUAUUUUUCGGAUGAUGCUACUAAUCAUUUCAUACAAAAUGGACAAGGUGGUAGUAACAACUGUGGGAGCUACUACCCCGUGCAUGGCAACCUCAGUUAUACUCAACAACGAGAACAGAACGCCACUAGUAAUGUAUCAAGAGGGGCGGUCCACACAAAUAGAAGCAAACAAGUGGAUCAAUCAUGUGUAGAUUUACCAAACAGAAGCGUAGGUAACCAUUUUGAAUGUGUUACUGAGGAUGUCACUUAUUCUGCGAAUUCCCAACACAAGUGCAGUAGUGAACAAAUGGUGGAGAAUGAAAAUAAUGUGUAUACAACGGAUGCAGUUAAUCAGUUGGAGGGAGAUAAAAACGGCUACCUUAACGAUGCAAGCCAAGAUUUAAAUUGCACACAGAAGAGUAGCACGACCAAUGAGGAAUGCAAAGGAAGAGAUGAUCAGAAGGAGCAUAAUGAGAAGAGUUACCCCCCCAAAGGAUUGAACGAACUGUUGGGUGAAGGGAGAAAACAUGUGGUAAACACAGAUCUAGGUGAAGAGCAUCCACAGUGCCAUCGAAAUAACCCAAAUGGGGGCGAAAAGGGAAGUAACAUAACUGCAACUGGUCAGGACCAUCCUAACGGGAAUUUAAGAAAUAGUAGUGACUAUAAAAACGAAUAUAUUUAUGCCAAAGUGGAGGAGGAAGAACAGUUUCCCUUGAAGUUGAAUAAUAAUUCUUCACAAAAUAGUGACCCAGACGCGAGGGAAUCAUCGCCAGGGGAGGAAAAUACACAUGAGAAGAACCAACAGGGGGAUAAUUGGCUCUGGACGGAAGGUACAAAUUUACAUGUGGAUACCUAUGCAGGGGGUACGAUUAACGGGGACACCAGCGUAAGAAGUGUGCACGGCGAUAACCACGAUGGUGGUACCUCCCCUAACAACGCAGAUGUGGAUGCUCAUAUAGGUUCCACCCACCAACAAAGUAAUAAUGUCACCUCCCUUCUAACAAAAAGGAAUUCCCCCCACGAAGAUAACACAACGAAUGAGAAAGUUGCACAUUCUCUCAAAAUGUCAUCCAACAAAGACGAGUAUGAAUGUAGCACAAACCUGGAGAAUAUAACUAACGCUUCAAGGGGGGUGAAGAAUCAAUCCCCAAAUAACAACUCCUGUGAAAGCAUUGCCAACUUGGACAUGGACACUCAUUCUGUAGGUGAAAAUCGGGACAACUCAUAUCAUGGUGGUAGUGCUCCAUUUGUAAAAAAUGCGGAUGAAAAAUCAAUAAAUUUUAACGACACGCGUUCCUUUUUUAAUGUAAACGAAAUGAGAACCCCGAUGGAUGGUGCACAUAUUGGGGAUGACCAGAGGAACGGCGUUGGCAUAAACAAAUCGAACCAGAUGAACACAAUAAACUUCUCGCUAAACAACAAAGGGAAUGAAACGAAAUAUAAAAACACUGAAGAGAUGGUCAACCUGAUGAGACAGGCAGAUGCAUACCCCCCCACACACACCCGUGAACAUUACCAGCUGAGCGAUCCAGACACGAGCAUGACAAGCGUGUAUAAACAAUUCAACUUGAAUGGAAUAAUACCGCCCCCUCACCAUAAUGGAACAAGUAAUAAUAUGGAAAAUUAUCAAAGUGCACAAAUGAUGAAUCAUAUAAAUGUAUAUAAUUAUAAUAUGAACAAAAAUGAGAACGUCCAAAUGACAAAUGAAUAUUUCACCAACUCGCCAACUCCAUAUGCAGGAUACCUAUACAAUUAUAACAUCGGGAAUUAUUUUCUAAAUGGAGUCAAUUGGGUCGGUUUGGAAAAUAGCACAUCUGAUAGACAUGUGAGGAAUAAUAUGAAUUUUACGAAUUAUAAUGGCAUGCUCAAUGAGUACUGUGAUGGGGAUGAAGAAAAGUGGGUUCCUCAACAGGAGGGUCUACAUGAGGACGGUUCACAUCAGGAGGAUGACGACCGAAGCGCUGGGUCUUUUCCCUCAUCAAGCAAUUUAAAAAAGAAGGACAAAAUGCAAAAGGAGAAGAAAAAUUCCAAUAUCAAUACAAACAAAAAUCAGUCAUUCGGUUUAAAUAGCCACAAGAAAAAAAGGCAAGGAAACAAUGGACCACCAACAGCAGAAAAAUUGAGCGAAUUGUUACAUGAGAAAAAUUUGUCGGUGCCACAAAUAGCGGCAAUAUACGGAGUGCACAGAACGACUGUCGCUCGAUGGUGCCACAAUAGGAAGGUUAUCCAAAAGUCGAAUAACUACCAGGGAAGGAAGAAGUCGUCCUGCAGUGUAGGUGCUGAGUACACUUAA